GCUGCCGGUUAAACUUGAUCAAGAUGACAACUUCCCAAAAGCACCGAGACUUCGUGGCAGAGCCCAUGGGGGAAAAGCCAGUGGGGAGCCUGGCCGGGAUUGGUGAAGUCCUGGGCAAGAAGCUGGAGGAAAGGGGCUUUGAUAAGGCUUAUGUGGUUCUUGGCCAGUUUCUGGUGCUAAAGAAAGACGAAGACCUCUUCCGAGAAUGGCUGAAAGACACUUGUGGUGCCAAUGCCAAGCAGUCCCGGGACUGCUUUGGGUGCCUUCGAGAAUGGUGCGAUGCCUUCUUGUAGUGCACUCUGGGGACUCCUCAGUCCCCCCAGCCACAGAAUCUAGUCUCCAGAGUCAGCAGCUGGGUGGGGCUCCUCCCUGUCCCC